UCUUCCCAUGAAAAGAUGAAAAAAUGCCUAAAUACAAAAACAUCAACUGACAUGAAAUGGUUUGUGUACAUGGGAAUGAAAUGGCAACAGAUAAUAAAUGCUCCUUUAGCAGGAGCCAUAUUUUACAUAUGCACACAUUUUUUUAGACAUAAUUAUUCAAAUUGUGAAACAAAAGAAAUUUCAGUCAUUCUCUGCAUGUCUAUAGUCUGCAGUUGAUGGAGCGCUAAUGAACUGAAUAUAAGAAAAAUUAGAGCUGAUUUUUGUAUUAAUAACGACAUAAAUUUUAUUCUUGGGCAUACUGAGCAGUAUUAGUAGAAGAUUGUAAAGAUAAAACAACUGGACCUCUUUAGAACCAAUGGCCCCAAAACACUGGAAGCUGUAAGUUACUCUGAAGAGGCCUGAUUGGAUGCCCAGUCUGUUGCUAAUUAAAUGAUUAAAACCAAAAACAAAAAACCUAAGGCUGUAAAGUAAGUCUAGUUUAUCUUUAAUUUGCAAAAAUUGAAUUCAAACACAGUUGUUGUGCCAUUUGGAUCGAGUGAAAGAGACAAAAAGAAAAGACAAACUUGCACGUCUGUGAUUGAAUUCGGCUGCAGUAUGUAAAUGACUGCCUUUGGAAAUGGGACUGGGAAUAUCAACCACACACACACACACACACACACACACACACACACACACAAAGAGCCGGUCCCUCCUCCCACCCUGAAACCUGUUCUGGAGGGAGUGACUUGAUCCAGGCGGCGUCCAAUUAUAUGGAAGCAGCACUUAUUCCACUUUAUUCCUUUCUACAGUUAAGUGGCUUGAAGCCUUCAGAGACACACGGGCGUGAAGUAUAAAGCAGAGCAGUAGGCAAAGAGACGCUUCCCAUGUGACAUGUUCACGGAAAGCUGCAGACAAAGGUAGAAAUCUCCACCACGCCGAGUGAUCCGGAGACAGAGGAUGCUCCAAAUCUAAUUCACGAGGAGCUCUGUUUUUUCUCGUGUGGAAACUCCACGACUGAACAUAAACGAUUCAUGAGUCUGCUUCUGUUUCUAACAGAGUAAUACUGAAUUUCAACUGAAGCAAUCUCCAGGAAGGGCCAGAUCUCGGAGUCAGUCCGUUCGUUUGAGAGAGUUUGAUCAGGAGCUCAUCUGUGACAAGGAUCAACUGUUGCUCAGCCCGAUCCCGGAGUCUGCGCAGGUCUCAGCAUGGAUGUCUGACCGCCACAUGGUCCUAAUCGGGCCAGCUGACAUGGACCAGAGGGUGAUUUUCCUCCCGAUGCACCGGAUACACAUUUAUCUGUCCUGAUGUGAAGCCACAUUGUUGCGCUGAGGGGAAUGAUAAUAUCCCACACCGCAGCCGGCUUUUUUCCACGCUUCAUCAUCUCUCUGUGUGACACAACAUAAUCAGAUUCCCCUUUCUACCCACUCCAGGGAGCACUUUUGGACACUCUAACCCUCAUAAAGGCGUAAAAUCUUACAGGCUUAGUGUUAAAGUGACCUUGCCAGGUUCAGCGGAGGGGAUCAUCAUGCUGAUGAUGAUGGAGACCAGCGGCAUGGACGCGCAUCAGGUUGAUAUCGAUUCGGAAUUCGAGCCCCACGCUCGGUCACGGUCGUGCACCUGGCCGCUCCUGCCGUGUCCCGAGGGUUUCCCCCCCGGGGCAGAGGAGGCGAGCCGCGGGGGUCUGGCUCUGGCGUCCGUUAAAGUGGAGGGCUACGACGCGCCGGCGUGCCGGGCCGAUAGGAAAGGCGGCGCGCCGGCGGAGAUCAAGCACCCAGCCGGCGCCCCGGCUCCGGUCGUGGCCGCUCCCGCCUGUAUGUCCGGAGCUGCGCUCGACGUGGCCGGCCAACAACGCAAAGUCAAGUCGUCACGCAGGAACGCGUGGGGGAACCUGUCAUAUGCAGACCUCAUCACCCGUGCCAUCGAGAGCGCCCCGGAGAAGAGGCUCACCCUGUCCCAAAUCUAUGACUGGAUGGUUCGCUUUGUUCCUUAUUUUAAGGAUAAAGGCGACAGCAACAGCUCGGCUGGAUGGAAGAAUUCAAUCAGGCACAACCUGUCAUUGCACAGUCGCUUCAUCCGAGUGCAGAAUGAAGGGACAGGCAAGAGUUCAUGGUGGAUGCUAAACCCAGAAGGGGGUAAGAUGGGUAAGGGACCCAGACGACGUGCGUCAUCUAUAGACAACGGGACACGCUACUUGAAGACUAAAGGUCGCAUAAGUCGAAAAAAAGCAGGAGUUAUAGGACUUGGACGGGUACAGGUUCAGGAAACUGGUCCAACAAUGCAGAGCUCCCCAGAGCAUGGCAGUCCAGCAGGGAAAGGAAGUGUCGGCAUCAGUGGUGAAGAGUAUGACACUUGGACAGACCUGCAUUCCCGCACUUCAUCCUCUGCCUCCACGCUGAGUGGCUGCCUCUCCCCAAUCCUUGCAGAAGCAGAAGCUGAUGAACCUGAGGAGGGUGAGCUGUCUUGUUCAGCUUCCCCUCGAUUAUACCACAGUCCUACCAGCACCCGCUCACCAGCCUUGGGUACUGCGGGCCACUGCCCAACUGUGGAAUUGCCUCAGUUGACCGACCUGACUGGAGCUAUUAGUCUAGAUGACAGUGGCUACUCCCAGCAACAGCAAAUCAAGUGCAAUGGUUAUCCCUUUGUGUCUGGGCCAAAACCAGAGGAAUCCUACUGUGGGCCAAUUUAUGGACAGUCUUCCAUGUGUAUGUUGCAGCACCACACUCCAAUGGAGACCAUUCAGGAGAACAAACCAGUUAGCUUUCAACACCCAAUGAGGGGCUAUUCGGAAAACAAUGCUCUGCAGAGUCUGCUUACAGGAGGUCCUUACUGCAGCAAAGACAGUGUGCUGGGUCAAGGACGAGAAACACAUGCACUGUUGCCACAGGGUAAUAGCGUUCACAGCCAGCACAAUCACAAUCAGAAUCCCAGUCACAAUCAAAACCAUGAUAACAGUAAAGAGCAAGCUCACAAUCCCAGUCUAUGUACCGGCAAUGGCUCAGUACAUGACCAGAACACAACCCACCAUCGAAACCACAAUCAGGGUCAUAAACACCCAGCUAGACUUGACUACAGCCAUAGUCACAAGCCCCACACUGCCCAUGACUAUGGUCAAAGUCAUGGUCACAGAAGCAAAGUAAAUUCCAGCCAUGAUCACAACCCUCACACUAGUCAAAGUCACCUGCACAACCACACAACCCAAAACCCUCAUAACCCUAUGCAUAGCAGGCCUCACCAUCAGGCUCUGUCCCCUCGGGUGAGCACUGACGUCCUGCAGCCCUAUAUUCUUAAGAACUCUAACCACUAUGGGCCACGCCCCCACCUCCCAACAUCUCCUUCUCUGCCCCCAAACCCUGCAGGCAUCAUGGAUGUUCCUCAGGACCUUGCAUCUGCGCCUCACUCCCGACACCAGUCCUACCCCAGAGAUCACCAUCAGACCAUGGCUGAAUCCUGGCAAGCCUAUUAUCACAACAACCACAAUCACCAACAAGGGAAUGCUGGAUAUCAGGGACAACAGCAUAGCUCACACAACAGAAUGGCUGCCCAAUUGGAAAUGGAGAAUGCCUCCAACUGUAUAGACUGUGACGUGGACCCAAUCCUGCUUAGUGAUUUUAUGGACACAGAUAAUAUUGACUUCAACUUUGAUGGUUCUGUUUCACAAGGGGUGGGCAUGGGUACAGGCAUGACUUUAGGGGUCUUUUCCUGUCCUCCACCAGCACAUAGCCACCAGGGUUGGGUGCCUGGGUGAACUCGUAUCUGAGGGUUUGAAUAGACCUUAAAAGUCAUCCACUGGGCAGGGCUCUGGGUCGGCUGUACACUGAUUAGCUGUUAUUCUGUGUUUCUGAGGCAUAUUGUAAUUUUAUUUCCUGGGGACUCCCUAAUCUUUCACACUGUACCUUUUCUUGCUCUUUCACUAUGUUUAAUAAGCUUUCUGUAUCUAUGUUGUACUUGCCCCAAAUGAGUCCAAUGGUAAAAUCUGCCCUUCUCCCAGUCAUGCCCUUUAGAUUUUUUCUCUCUCUCCUCCUAAUCACCUUGUUUGUCCUUGGCUCUCAAGCACUUUACAGCCAUCUUUUUUAUACAGAUGCAGUAACUCGAAUAUCAGACAAAGUCAUGUUGUAUGUUUGCUUUUAUUGUAUGUAAUCCACUUAAAGUAUUAUCUCCUCCUUCAAAGGUGUUGUUCCUGACAUAAGAACCUGUCAAACAGUUGCAUACAUUUCCUCAGUGCAGAGGUGCUCACAGAUAGGAAUGUAAAGGGCAGGGGUGAGGCUUGUGGUUUUCAGGUUUAAGAAUAAGGAUAAUUUUUCUUGAAAGACUAAGACACAAAGGGUUGGAGGUGAGAAAAGAGAGAGGGAUUUGUCCUCUCCCUGGUGAACAGUGCUGGCUCCUGCCGCAUUCAGGAGUGGAGGACAAUCAUCCAUCAGACAGCCAUCAGCACCACUCCAUUGAAAUGCAACGUCCUUUCUUUAAUCUCCAAAGCAAUGCCAGAUUGAUGCAUCAUGAUUGCUAAUCUAAUGUGCUUUUCUGUUUUUUCAACCUCCUCCCCUCCCUCUUCAACUCUGGACACAAGGGUUUAAUGUGUUUUGGUGAAAGUAAUGAUAAAAGUCACUCGACACUAAGUGGGGGGAGAAAUUGGAAGGGGAUAGUGCUAGAGGAGGUGGGGAGUUCAUGGAGAGGAGAGCAUAGGAGUAGAGAAAUGCAAAUAUUCCCUCUGUGCCUCUUUCUCUCCAUUUUGCAGAUUUAUGUAGAUUUCCUCUAAUGAAAUAAGCAAUGAUCAGAGCCCGGUGUGCAUCCUGAGGAGCUAUUUGAUUGGUCAAAGCCGGAUUUCCUCAGCUUGGCACCUUCAAUGGCCGACCCUAGAGCAUUUUAGCCAGCACCUACGACCAGUCCAGGAUACUGGUGAAGCUGCCCAUUCUCCGAACCUUAGCAACCUUGUCUAUAUCAGUAACAGCCAGGUUAAAGCCCACUUUUUGUUUUUAGUCCAGCGAUUUCCUCAUUGAUGAACAGCAAUUGCCGAUUCCUAUUUUGUGCUAUCUCCUGUACCCAGGCACCCUCCUAUCACACCACCCCAUCCCGAGGUUACUCUGAGGGUAAACAGGAGUAAUUAACCGCCAAACAUGACGGAUGAUUUAUGCAAGUACACGUAUUCACUCAUUGGCACAAAGUCAUAAUUCUUCUCCUUUCCAAGCACAAGGAAGGUGUUUUUUAAGUAGUGGUGCUAAACUACAAGGUAAAGAGUCUGGGAAAUAGUGUGUUUACAGUGUCCUUCAAGUUUUUCAACCAUUUGUUUUACAAUUAUUCUCGCCCCAUCCUGGCCAUAGAUUUAUGUUGCUAUUGUCUUUUCCUGUGCUUGUUCUGUGAUUGUGCAGUUGUCUGUCCAAUGUAGUGUGGAUUAGAGCGUUCUUGUGCAUUUAAUUUACUUUGUUUUCAUUUGAAGGGGGACCGGAGGGUGUGUUCCAACUACAGGGGGAUCACACUCCUCAGCCUCCCUGGUAAGGCCUACGCCAGGGUAUUGGAGAGGAGAGUCCGACCG